AUGCUUGCGUGCAACAAGGCUGGCAAGUGGGAUCUCUCGCUGAGUCUUCUUCGUGACGCCUGCGAUGAGGGCAAGUCUGAAGACUGGCUGCCCGAAGAGACCGUUUCAGUCGUCGGCGCCGGCCUGGGCGCCUGUGCCGAAAGCGGUGCCUGGCAACAGGCCCUGCUACUUCUCGAGAAGGUGAACCAAGCUGUCGCAGAGCCUGCAAACGCCAAGGCCCUAUCUCCAUGGGUCCGCGAGGCCAGAAGUACAGCCAUGCUUGCAGCCAUCCGAGCAGCAGCUUGGGAACCAUGCCUGGCACUGUUGGAUUUGCAAGGUGCACCCAGCGAGCAGCUGGCUGCUCUGGGAUGCGCUGUACGUGCAUGCGGCCUUGGCAGGAAUUGGCAGGGAGCACUCGAACUGUCUGCGAAGGCCAAAGCCAGGGCCUUGAAAGAGGAAUGGGGCAACAUCUGGAGCGCACAAAGCUGGGCGUGCCAGGCCUCGGACGCUCCACAGCCAGUGGCAGCGGGUUUCAGGAUACUUUCUCUGCCCAUGUAG